AUGAAGCUUCUACUGUUCUUUGUUUGCCAUGCUCUUUCUAAGGAAUCGAGGGGACCAAGGCCGCGACCAACAGACUCCACUUCAGUAACUGAGUCAGACGGAUUUGACUUGAUCGAUGAAGAAAAACAGGAAGAAAACUGGAAUUUGUUUAUGAUAACAAUUUACUGUCUUGGUGGAGUUGUUGCCCUUUUUUUCCUGACUCUCAUUUGCCAUUUCAUCUUCAACAUCAGAAAAUACGCCUGUUUCAAGAAACUUGAGAAGAUGUCGCUUUGGGAUCCUGAGGCAGCUGGCAAUGCCGCUAACUACCUUCGACUUCCUGACAAGGAAAUGUUGGAGCUUCGAAAUCAGCCGUUUGAAGGUGCCAAGUGCAUUUGGGUCCCAUAUGCAGAUACUGGCUACUCAAAAGCUGAACUGAUCGGUGAUGGUGACAAACCAGGCACCAAGAAGGUCCUUCGUCUUGCUGAUAACAAGCAGAAAGAUGUUAAAACCGAGCAGGUUGAGAAGCAGAACCCUCCCAAGUACGAGUUGCUUGAAGAUUUGGCCAACAUGACUUAUCUAUCUGAAGCUUCUGUCGUCUACAACUUGGACGAGCGAUACCGACGAUUCUUGAUCUACACCUACUCUGGUCUCUUCUGUGUUACUGUCAACCCCUACAAAUGGCUCCCCGUCUAUGACAACCACGUCGUCGGUUGCUACAAGGGCAAGAGAAAGUCUGAAAUGCCUCCUCACAUUUUCUCGAUCUCCGAUAACGCCUACAACGAUAUGUUGCGAGAGCGACACAACCAGUCCAUGUUGAUUACUGGAGAGUCUGGUGCUGGUAAAACUGUCAACACCAAACGAGUCAUCCAGUACUUCGCUGUCGUCGCUGCUCUCGGUGCCUCCGACGCCGCCGAAGCCGCCAAGAAGGGUGGUGGAGGAAAAGGUGGCAAGCGACAGAAGGGUGGUUCUUUCCAGACUGUCUCUGGUCUCCAUCGAGAAUCUCUCGGUCGUUUGAUGGCCAACCUUCGAUCUACGCAGCCUCAUUUCGUUCGUUGUAUCAUUCCCAACGAAAAGAAGAAGCCCGGACACAUGGACUGGAACCUUGUUCUCCAUCAGCUUCGAUGUAACGGUGUCUUGGAAGGUAUUCGUAUUUGUCGAAAAGGUUUCCCUUCUCGAGUCCAGUACGAAGAAUUCGCCAAGCGAUACGUCAUUCUUCAUGCCGAAGCCAAGAAAGAUCAAGAAUUCUGCGACUGGAAAGCUAUGUCGAAGGAAAUCUGCGCUGGUAUCGCCCUUGAUGACGCCAAGCACAAAUUUGGUCACACUAAACUCUUCUUCAAAGCUGGUGUCAUUGGUGACUUGGAAGACGAGCGAGAUGAAAAGAUUGCCAAGAUCCUUACUGCUCUCCAGUCUUACAUGCGAUACCGACUUGCUGAACGAACUUACGCUGAGAUGGUCAAGCGACGAGACUCGAUUGACAUCAUCCAGGCUAACAUCCGAGCCUUCCAGUACUUGAAAGACUGGGAAUGGAUGAAGAUCAUCUACAAGAUCAAGCCUCUUAUCUCUCAGGCUGAAGAAGGAAAGAAGAUGGAGGAGCUUGAAAAGAACUAUGAAGAGGAACAAUCUGUCGCCUUAGAGCAGGAGCGAAAUGAGCUCACUCAAAAGGCUGAAGCUCAGAACGCUCUUCUUGACGAUGCAGAGGGCCGAUGUGAAGAACUCAUCGCCGCUAAGAUCGAUCUCGACGCGCAAACUCGAGGACGAAUCUUCCGAAUUGAAAAAGAUAUUGACGAUCUAGAACUGACUCUUGCAAAGAUCGAAAAGGAAAAGCACGCGACAGAAAACAAGGUCAAGAACGUGACUGAAGAGCUCGCUACGAUCAACGAAUCCAUCCACAAGCUCGAGAAGGAGAAGAAAUCCCUCCAAGAAGCACACAAGCAGACUCUUGGUGAUCUUCAAACCGAAGAAGAAAAAGUUGUCAAUUUGACCAAAUCUAAGGGCAAACUUGAACAACAAGUUGAUGAUCUUGAAAUCGGCCUCGAGUCUGAAAAGAAGGCUCGAAUGGAUCUUGAGCGAGCGAAGCGAAAGCUGGAAGGUGAUAUCCGUCUUUCUCAGGAGCAGAUCAUGGAUCUCGAAAAUGACAAGGCUGGUCAAGAAGAGAAACUGAAAAAGUCUGAGUUUGACUACACUCAGCUGAACGCAAAGCUUGAGGAUGAGACUGCUCUCGUUGGCCAAUUGCAGAAGAAGAUCAAGGAACUCCAGGGACGAUCUGAAGAGGUCGAGGAAGAACUCGAGUCUGAACGAGGCGCACGAGCACGAUCUGAGAAGACUCGAGCCGAUCUUUCUCGAGAACUCGAGGAACUCGCUGAGAGACUCGAAGAAGCGGCGUCCAACACUCAAGCUCAAAUUGAAAUCUCGAAGCGACGAGACGCUGAAGCCGCCAAGGUCCGUCGCGAGCUCGAGGAGGCCACUCUCAACCACGAAUCUGCUCUCUCCAACAUUCGCAAGAAGCAGGGCGACCAAUCAUCUAGUCUCGGAGAGCAAAUUGAAAACUUGAACCGAGUGAAGCAAAAGCUUGAAAAGGAGAAAUCCGAAGCAAAGCUUGAAGUUGAUGAGCUCCAUGUUAACGUCGAGUCUUUGACUAAGGCUAAGCUCAAUUACGAGAAACAGACGCGAAAUCUCGAAGAUAACAUCGCUGAUAUUAAAAUGAAACUUGAAGAGGGAGCAGCUCAGCUUUCAGAGUCCCAGGGCGAGUGUGGCAAAAUGAACAUGGAAAUCAACGAUAUUAGACGUCACAUUGAAGAGAAGGACACCCUCAAUUCCCAGCUUAUCCGAGUCAAAAACUCAUUGUCGCAGACCCACGAUGAGCUCAAGCGACAAAAUGACGAAGAAGCCAAGUCGAAGAACUCCCUUGCCCAUCAGCUUCAAGCUCAGCGACACGACACUGAUAUGCUCCGAGAACACAUGGAGGAGGAGCAGGAGUCCAAACAAGAGCUCCAGCGAAAUGUCACGAAAUCCAAUAAUGAGUGUGUCCAAUGGCGCAACAAGUACGAGACUGAUGCUAUUCAGCGAACUGAGGAGCUCGAGGAAGCCAAGAAAAAGCUCGUCGCUCGACUCCAAGAAUCUGAAGAGCAGGUCGAAGCUGCCCAAGGCCGAUGUGGAUCUCUUGAAAAGACCAAGACCCGACUCCAGGGUGAAGUUGAAGAUCUUUCUGCUGAUUUGGAACGAUCGAAUGCAGCGGCUUCUCAGUUGGACAAGAAGCAGCGAAACUUUGAUAAACUCCUUUCUGAAGCCAAACAGAAGCAGGAAGAGGCCCAGGUUGAACUCGAGCUUGCCCAGAAAGAAGUGCGAAACCAGCAGACGGAACUUUUCAAGCUCAAAAACUCAACUGAAGAAGCUGUCGAUCACCUCGAAUCCAUCCGACGAGAAAACAAGAACCUCGCUGAGGAAGUUCAGGAACUUGUUGACCAGCUCCAAGAAGGAUCAAAGACCAUCCACGAGCUCGAGAAGAACAAACGAAUCGCUGACACUGAACGCGCUGAGAUCCAGUCUUCUCUUGAGGAAGCCGAAGCUGCCAUUGAAUCUGAGGAAGCAAAAACAUUGCGAGUUUCUGUUGAACUUCAGCAGCUCAAGCAAGAAAUUGACCGACGACUCAGUGAAAAGGAUGAAGAAAUCGACAACGCCCGACGAAAUGCUACCCGAUCUGUUGAGCAAAUUCAAGCUUCCCUUGACAACGAAAUGCGUGCCCGUGGAGAGGCGAUUCGAUCUCGAAAGAAGAUGGAAUCCGAUCUUAACGACCUCGAAGUAACCCUUGCUACCUCAUCUCGACAGGCCGGUGAUGCGCAGAAGACCACCAAAGAUCUCAUGCUUCAGCUCAAGGAUUUGAAUCAAAAGCUCGACGAUAGCCAGAGACAGACCGAAGAUAUGCGCGAGCAGUCUGCUGUUUCUGAACGCCGAGUCGGUUUAAUGACCACAGAAAUCGAAGAACUCCGAGGCGGUCUCGAGCAGGCUGAGCGAACUCGAAAGCAGGCCGAAAAUGAUUUGAUGGAAGCGAACGAGCGAUCAAACAUGCUCCACACACAGAAUGGUGCUUUUAUCAACCAGAAGAGAAAGAUCGAAGGAGAACUUCAUGGUGUCAAGACCGAAGUCGAGGAAGCUAUUGGAGAAGCUCGAUCCGCCGAAGAAGCCGCGAAGAAAGCACUUACUACCGCCGCUCUUCUCUCAGAAGAUCUGAAGAAAGAACAGGACCAGUCUCAACACUUGGAGCGAAUGAAGAAGAACCAAGAGAACUCUCUCAAAGAUCUUCAGAUGCGACUCGAUGAAGCCGAGCAGGUCGCACUCAAGGGUGGCAAAAAGGCCGUUCAGAAGCUCGAAACUAAAUGCAGAGAAAUUGAGAUGGAACUUGAGGCUGAACAACGACGAACUUCUGAUAACACUAAGGUCAUUCGAAAACUCGAGCGUAAAUACAAAGAAGCCGUCUACGCCAACGAUGAAGACAAGAAGAAUCUCCAGCGGCUCACUGACAGCAUCGACAAGCUUAACUCCAAGGCCAAAUCCUACAAGAAGUCUGCUGAGGACGCCACUGAGUCCGCUUCUUCCGCCAUGUCUCGCUUCCGAAAGGUUCAGCACGAGCUCGAUGAAGCUAACGAGCGAGCUGAAAUGGCCGAGGCUGCUGUCAACAAGGCGCGAUCCAAGGCUCUUGAAUCCAAGUAG